ACCCCAUCACCGAUCACUUCCAGGGCGGCCCCGGCUCCCGAUUUGAAAAUGCGGGAGCGGCUGCUGGUGCUGCUGUGCGCGCUGGCGCGGCGGCGGCGGCGGCGCGGCGGGGCCAUGGCCGGGAACGGCACCGGGAACGGCAGCGGGAACGGCAGCGGCAGCGGCGCCGGGGGCUGGGACGGGCCGCAGCGGCGCGCCUGGCUCCGGCACUACUACAGCCAGCGGCAGAAGCGGCUCAUGACGCUCCUCAUCGCUCACCGGAGGAGAACCAGCUGCUGCUUCUACCCCCGCGCCUGGCCCAGCCUCAGGGGCACGGACUGGUGGGAGCGGGUGGUCCUGAAAGAGUUUGGGCCCCAGGACUGGCUGGAGAAGUUUCGGAUGUCCAAGGAGACUUUCUUCUACAUCUGCAACCAGCUGCGGCCUGGGCUGGCUCCCCACAGCGCCCACUUCCACCCCACCCUGCCCCUGGAGAAGAGGGUGGCUGUGGCCCUGUGGCACUUGGCCACCAACGUGGAGUACCAGACUCUGAGCCCGCUCUUCGGCGUGGGGCCCUCCACAGUGCAGAGCUGUGUCCGGGAGGUGAGCUACGCUGUCGUCUUGCUGCUGAAGCCGCUUUACCUCCGGCUGCCUGAUGAGAAGGAGCUGGAGAACAUGGUGCGCAUCUUCUGCACGCGCUGGGGCUUCCCGCACUGCAUCGGGGCACUGGACAGCCUGCACAUCCCCAUCCACCCCCCCCUGCGCCUCACCGCCGACUACUGCAACGGCCAGGGCUGGCACUCCAUCCUCACACAGGCCACCGUGGAUGGGCUGGGACAGUUCUGGGACGUCUCCACUGCCUUUCCAGGCAGCAUGGAGAACAGCGCGGUCCUGGAGAGCUCCAGCUUGUGGGUGCUGGCCAAGGAGGGCCGGCUGUGCCCCAACCCUCCCAAGCAUUUCAUGGGGAAGGCACAGAAGUACGUGCUGCUGGGGGAUGCCACGUACCCCCUGCAAGACUGGAUCCUCAAGCCCUACCAGGAGGAUGAGAACCUCACCCAGCGCCAGCUGCAGUUCAACUACCGCCUGAAGCGGGCCCACAGCGUGAUCGAGAAUGCCUUCCUGCGCCUCAAGGCACGCUGGCAGAUCCUCCUCAAGUGUGAUGACUGCAGCCUGGAGCUGCUGCCCACCCUUGUCCUCGCCUGCUGCAUCCUGCAUAACGUCUGUGAGGCCCACGACAACCCCUUCAAUGAGGAGUGGCUGGAGGGCACCGAGCCCACCGAGCUGCCCAAGCCCUGCCAGCCUGCACCGGCUGCCAUGGAGGACAACCGGGCUGAGCAAGUGCGUGAGCUGAUGUGCCAGUACUUCGAGAGCUGUGGGGAGGGCUGAUGGACCAGGGGCAACUGCCUGCACAUCUCUGCUUGCGGACUCACUGUGGACUCUGGCAAACUGACUCGGUGCUGCACCAGGGAGGCCCAGGGUGGGGAGGGGUGGCCGUGUCAUGCUUGUGCUGGGUUUGCUGUAGAGAUUUCAGGCAGUGGAAUGUAUUUUAUGCCCAUUCUCUCUCCCAGGA